GAUUAAAUACAGGAAGACAGCAGUCAUAUAAACUGCACGACAGAUGAGCAGAUUUAUUUGACCUGAGGGAAACUAUGCCGCAGUGAGACAUCUCUGAUAAUCGCUUCUAUCAAGCACUCCCCGGGACUGUAAGGAGAGUAAGGAGGAUAGUUAAAGGAGCGACGGAAAGAAGCUGAGGUCGCACUUCUCGGAACUCAUUUUCACCCUGAACACCAUGCUAUUCAUUUGCAUCAAACGCUGGAUGACUGUUUACAGGGGAUGACAGCUGCGCUCUUGGUCUUCCCGUGAUGUGACUUUGCAGGGAUUAGUGAGCGAAACAGCCUAAACAUCCUCUGUUCACACAGGCCAGCGGUUUGUCUGCGGAACAAAUCACAUUAUAUAGUUUGCGCUGGAGCAGACCUUAUGCAAUGUGGAGGGAACUGUGUUCGUGAGCUCAUAUAUGUUGACCUGGUAAUCACAUUAGGUUUAACUUGAAUAGCUCCGUGCUGUAUUGCAGCAAGGUGGACCGGGGCGUGAGGUGGCAAUGCGCGCAUCCUCCGAGCUGGACAUUUUGUGGGGGUGUUAUGUUUCCUAAACACAUUUGAAGCAUAAGGCCAUACAUCCAUCCUGAGCUGGCGAACUGCGUCACUGCAUGCGAGUGUUGCAGGUAGGCAGUAAACUCUCUCACCGCCGGGAGAGGAGCAUCAUCCUCUCUGCACUAUGUCUACGAUAAGCGCUUAACAGAGCAGCAGGGAUGGAUUCGGCGGAUCAUUCCAGUAACGAUCCGCCACUGGGAUCCACAUUUUCCUCAGCACCCAAUUUAGAUUCGGACAUUAAUGCAAACGGCAGUAGGGCUAUAUAUCAGAAUGGGACGGACCACAAUGUCAACAACAUCCAAAUGGCAGCCCUGCGAGGAGCCAGUGACCCCAGCGCAUACCCCUCCACAGACUAUCGCGCGCUGGUCCGCCAGAGGUUCAUCCGGCGGAGUUUGUGGUUGUCAGACUCCGAGGAGCAGCAGCCGGUGGACACGCCGGAGCCUGUCAACAGCAGCCCGGUGCUGAACAUUGACCUGAGGACCAUCGUUGAUAGGACUCGAACCCGGGUUCUGCAAGGAACCCACCUGGGCCUCCAGGAGACGUCCAGCACGGAGAGCCAGGUGGGGAAGAAGGACAACCCCUCAGAGAGUGCAGAUGAGGAGAAGAGACACCGGAGCGAAGCCGAGCCAAAGGUAGAGGUGGCGCCUUCGGACGUUUCAGGUAAAGCCGGAAGUGACGAGAACGAAGAGGAGCCAGGGAUGAAGGCUGUGUCCACUUCACCUGGAGGGCGCUUUCUCAAGUUUGACAUUGAGCUGGGGAGAGGGUCCUUCAAGACUGUCUAUAAAGGUCUUGACACCGACACCUGGGUCGAAGUGGCAUGGUGUGAACUCCAGGAACGGAAACUAUCAAAAGUCGAGAGACAGAGGUUCAAAGAGGAGGCAGAGAUGUUAAAGGCUCUCCAGCAUCCCAACAUCGUGCGAUUUUAUGACUUCUGGGAAUCACCGGUUAAAGGGAAAAAAUGUAUCGUUCUGGUGACAGAGCUGAUGACCUCAGGGACACUUAAAACGUAUCUGAAGCGCUUUAAGGUGAUGAAGCCUAAAGUUCUUAGGAGCUGGUGCAGGCAGAUUCUCAAAGGCCUCCACUUCCUCCACACAAGGACCCCUCCAAUCAUCCACAGAGAUCUGAAGUGUGACAACAUCUUCAUCACUGGUCCUACAGGCUCUGUCAAAAUAGGCGAUCUGGGCCUAGCGACACUGAAAAGGGCCUCUUUUGCUAAAAGUGUUAUCGGCACUCCUGAGUUCAUGGCCCCAGAGAUGUAUGAGGAGCACUAUGAUGAGUCUGUGGACGUCUACGCCUUUGGGAUGUGUAUGCUGGAGAUGGCCACCUCAGAAUAUCCCUACUCUGAGUGUCAAAAUGCUGCUCAGAUCUACCGAAAAGUCACCAGUGGGGUGAAACCUGCUAGCUACAUCAAAGUCAGUGACCCAGAAAUCAAGGAAAUAAUCGGAGAAUGUAUCUGCCACAGAUGGGAAGAAAGGUACUCCAUCAAGGACCUCCUGAAUCAUGCCUUUUUUGCAGAGGAUACAGGCGUGAGGGUAGAGCUUAAUGAAGACGAUGAUGGCAAGAAAGCAUCCAUUGCCUUGAAGCUGUGGGUUGAGGAUACAAAAAAGCUGAAGGGGAAGUACAAGGAAACUGGUGCCAUCGAGUUUUCCUUUGACUUGGAUAAUGAGGUCCCAGAGGUUGUUGCCCAAGAAAUGGUGGAAUCAGGUUUUUUUCUGGACUGUGAUGUAAAGAUAGUUGGGAAGUCCAUCCGGGACCGCGUGGCUUUCAUUAAAUGGAAAAGGGAGCGGAUUGUCUCUCCAGCUGUGAAGAAGCCGCAGCCGAACCUCCUGAAGGUGCUCGGACCCGCCGUGCCACAGGCAGCCACAUUAGCUACAACAGAUGGUGAGGAACAGGAGGUGGAACAGCAGACUCUGGUCUGCACCGUGCCAGCCACCACGUCUACCACAUCUGACAGCGGAGUGGGCCCUGCCAUGCAAUUAGAUGAUCUAAAUAAUCAGCAGAGUAUCUUCAACCAAUCGCUUCCAGAGCCUAUCUCCACAGCUCAGAUGAUCUACAGUCCUCCUGCUCUGGUUGAGCCUCAACACCAGGGGCCAUACCAGCAACCCACAGCACAGGCCUCUCAAGAAAGCUACACACAAACAUCCUCUCAAUUACACCAGGGGGCCUACCAGCAAACCACAGAUCAGCUGCAUUCUGGGGCCUAUCAUCAACCUGCAUCACAACUGCACCAGGGGCCUUAUCAGUCUCAAACCUGCAAACUUCAACAAGCUGCUGUCCUGCCCCAGUUUUCCUCACCAUAUCCUGUUCAAAUAGGGUGCCUCAAGCCCUCAUCCUUCCCCCUUACUCCUCUGCCAUGUGCCUACAGCAGCAGUGGCCAUCUUAUGUCUAGCUCCCACUACUCACCCUUACUCCACCAACCCUCCCUUACUCUGACCUCUCACUCUGCCCUGUCCUCUCUCGGGUCCCCUCAGACCCCUCUGUCCACACCUCAGCACAUGCCUAACUUUGCACUCCCUAUUCCACUUUUAGCUAUGUACAUGUCCUCCGCAAUGCCUCAGCAGCAGGGCGGCCCUCUGACAUCUCAGACAAACUUUAGCUUCCAUACCACCCAUUCAUUACCUCUCUCCCAGGUACAACCUAUCCCAUACCCUGCCCCCUACCCUGAGCAGGAAUUGGCUCAGCCGCCUGUUCAGAUGAUUCCACCACAAGGUAGUGUUGCCCUGAUCCACCCUGGGUUGCCUGCUGUACAGACUCCUCUCUGGGAAAGUGGAGUAGAUGCAGAAAUGUCUACAGCUGUCCAAGACUUAACAAGUGCUCCUACAGUUUCAACUGCAGCCUCAAUCUUAGGUCCAGCUCUAGUUGAAACGCAGUCCCAAACACAAACACCAGCUCUGGUCGCAGCACAAACCCAACAGCUUUCAGCAUCAGAUCGAGCUGAAGUCAUGCCUCAAACUUUGGAUCCAACCUUUGUUAAUGACCCACUGUCAGUCCCAAUACAAGUUCCGACGGCAGUGCAAACGAUAGCCCCAGUUCAAGCACCAAUUGCUGCGUCAGAUCUCCCUUUUGAAUCACCAAAAAACUUAUCGAAAAGCUUAGCCCCAGCCCCUGUUGCAGCUUCUGUCCCAGCUGCAGUUCUGCAGCCUGCUGGCAUCCAGACAGCAGGCUCAGUGUCUGAGAGUGCCAGCGUGGCCACAACUCAGCAAAACUUUGAGUCCACCUCUGCAUCCGGCACCCUUCAACAAGAGUCCUGUCUAGAGGAUGCGCUUCAAGACAAACCCAUAGGUUUACCAAAUUAUGCCUAUGACAGUUUUAACUCUGAUGUGGCAUCUGGUAAGGAAACAAGUGAUGGCUAUGACAGCUUGGCUAGUGGAGGGAAGGUGGACGGGAAACCCAGGAAGCAUCACCGCAAGUCUGCCCGCACACGCUCCCGGCAAGAGAGGACCAGCAAACCCAAACUGAGCAUGCUAAAUGUUUGCAACACUGGUGAUAAAAUGGUUGAAUGCCAGCUGGAGACACACAACCACAAAAUGGUGACCUUUAAAUUUGAUCUGGAUGGAGAUGCUCCAGAGGAAAUUGCCACUUACAUGGUAGAGAAUGGGUUUAUCUUACUGAUAGAGAAAGAGAUCUUCAUUGACCAGCUAAAGGACAUUGUGGAUAAAGCUGAAGACAUGCUGAAUGAAGACAUUGAGGGAGAAAGGGUUUCCGCCCUAAGUUGUAGUCCUGAACAAUUCCAGAUAUUUGAAGGACUGGCAGGAGAGUAUCAGCAGCCUGGAGCACAUCAGCCUGUCUACCAGCAGAACGGAAAGAGAUGGUUCAUAAUUUGCCCCGUUGAGGAGACGCCCACAUCCAGCCAGGAGACCCCGUCUGAUGGGACUGUUACACAGUCUCCAGGCAGUUCCACCACUACCCAGCCUGCUGACAGUGUCACUGCAAAACCCAGAGAAGAAGGGUCGUCGUCCACAAUGUCUGGUGGAAGUGGAGGCUUCACCUAUGACGUCUAUGGAUUCUGUAGCCCUCCGAUAAUGUCCAACACAGACCCUCUUUUCUUAGCUACCUUGUCUCCCCCUGUUUCUGCUCCCCCGACCCUUCAGUCAGUGACAUCCGGGGUGCCUGCUGGCAGCUCGGUGCAGCCCAGUGUUCAUCAUGCUCAGCCUGCCAAAGCACAAACGUUGCCCCCGUCAUCCCCACAUACGUCUUUCCCGAUUGAUGAGUCACGGGGAUCCCCUUCGGAAUCCGUCUCUCCAAUUCAUGCUACUCUGCAGAUGCCCGACAUGUCAUAUGCUGUUGCUAUGGCUGACGAAGUGCCCUGCUGCCCUCUGGUUAUGCCCUUAUCUCUGGAUGUGAGCGGUUUAAAGGUUGUGCCUCCUCUCACUCCACUUCCACUCCAGGAGCCAUGUUCAGCCAAAGAUCCUCCGUCUGUAUCGUAUGCCUCGGCCGUACGCAGCGAGCGCCCACAGCAACCUGUGGUGCUUCACCAGCCUUUUUCCAGCGUGGGAGGAACCAAAAUGUCCUCGGUACCCCAGAGCCCUGCGCCAUCCCAGCACGGCGCAGGGCAUGGUGAGUCAGAUGGUGAAGGAAGGCUUGGCCGUGGAGGCUUUGUGGACAGCACUAUAAAAACACUGGAUGAGAAGCUGAGGAACCUGCUCUACCAGGAAUAUGCUCCCAUGUAUCCAUCAGGCAGUGCUGCAGAGACCCCGGGCUCCUGCACCGAGUACAUACAGUCUCCUCCGGGUCCAGAUAGUGCCACAGGAGGGUCCGGAAACAGCACGCCGGGGCCGAUAGGGGAGGGCCGCUACAGGGUAGGAGAACAGCUACCUCAAAUUCCAGAGAGAAUGGAUAGUUUGAGCACAUUGAGUGACUCAGCUGUGUGUGCUUCCCUGUCAAGAAGACACGUUCCUCACUCCACCUCCUGCUCUGGAACAAGAGGCCGAUUUAAAAUCAUCUCUGUUCCUCCUGAAGCAGCCAACAGACGAGAUGUGAAGCAGAGGAGCUGGAGCAGCGCUGCCUCACCAGCACACCCUGUAGGGUACAGUGAGGACUGCAUCCAGGCUGAGGCCUUAGCAGAAUCCACCACAAUUGGCCGUUUCUCUGUGGUUAGCACAGAAGAUGACAUGACUCAGAGGAUGCGUUGCAGCCGAUACUCUGCCCCGCCAGAUUUUUACCUGGACACACCUCCAUCAAUGGCCAAGAGGGAAACUCUGCCUCGGGCCGUGACAUCCAACUCUGUUGCUGUGGAUGUCACGGUCCAUGCUCGUUUCCUGUCCUCAGACUCAGGGGCUGAGAGCAGUCCUGCAAAGAUGGCUCCUGCCACCCCGUCACAACAUACUCGCUCUGAGCGCAGAGGAAGUGACCUCAUGAAGAGGGCAGUGGCAUUCCUCCGUCGCUCAGGGCGCAGCAGUAGUGUGCAGAGCUCUGACUCACCAAGCAGGCAUGGAGGCAUGCACGGCUCGGCCUAUGCCAGCAGCGAUAAUGACUCAGAGAUGGAGGACUCAGACAUGAAGAGGGAACUACAGAGACUCAGGGAGAAACAUCUGAGGGAGAUCUCUGAGCUGCAGGCCAAUCAGCGGGGGGAAGUGGAAUUGCUGUAUUGCCGGCUUGGCAAAGCUCCUCCUCCUGGCCUGGGUCUUUCUCAUGAUGCACCACCUGCGGGGCGUAGGAAGAAGUCCAACAAGCACAGACUGAAGCCUGGCAAACUUCUCAGCCCUCUGGUCCAACAAUUUAGAAAUGUGACAACCAAAAGUAGUGACUCAAGCAGAACAGUUGUUGCUACAGGUACAAGUGAACCCACAGUGAGCCUAAAUGGCUCUCCAGCCAAAGGGUCUUUCCCCACUCAAGGAAGGGCUCGGUCAUGCACCAGUCACCUUCCCAGCUCAACGCCAGAGCCUGUGCAGACUCAGCAGCCCUGUUCCCUCAAGGGCUCUUUGUCUUCUGAUAAUAUUUACGGUGGUCUACAAGGAGACGGCACUGGCACACAAGCUCCACAGGGACAAGGCUGGUCUAAUAACCCCCAAACUUCAGAGAGAGUGACCUAUAAAUCGAGUAGCAAGCCACGAGCUAGAUUUCUCAGUGGGCCUGUGUCUUUGUCUAUCUGGACAACACUGAAGCGUCUGUGUCUCGGCAAAGAGCGUGGCAGCAGAUCUGGAGCUGGGCCAGGGGCUUUCAAUCCAUCCCAGCAGCCGCCUGCCGGUGCCACGCCUCCUUCUCAUCAGCCGGUGACAGGACUGGCCCAAGCUCAGGCAAAUAACAGCAACAACAAGACAGCCACAUACACUGGCUUAUCCAUGAGUGCCAAUGAAAACAACCUGUCUGAAGACUUGCAGCGGCUGAUGGAGGACUGGGCCCAGGAGGUGCUUAUCGUCACCCACAGGCCUGGCACCAACUCUCUGAGCAUCAGUGGGCAGCAGCUCUGGAAUCAGGUUAUGCACCGAACACAUGGACAGCUGACAAGUGCUUCAGACGUAUCAUGGACAGCCCCAGGUCCGGAGGCCUGCAGUGCUUCUCUGUCCUGGCCUGAUAGCCCGGGGUCAACAAUCAUUAGCAGCCCCUCCACUGGGCCCCAUGGCAGUUGUCAGCUUCGCUCUCCUGCUGCUUUCAGGGCCGUGUCCUCGCCUCUCUCUGUUAGCCAGUGGCCUGGGUUGCUCUUUCCUCUUCCUUCAGGAGCCUUUGCCUUUCCUGCUGUAUGCUCAUCCCAGGGCGUCCCCAGCCCGACUUCAGCUCCAUCAUAUCAGACGCCGGACCCCAAAGCCAGGACUCUGUAACCUAAGUAGCAUUGUGUCUUCCAACUCCGUUACCAAAAAUAAAUCUCACUAUAGUUCUAGUCAAUCUUAUGUGCAUAUACUGUAUAUAUAUAUAUUUAACCAGCAUGUAUCUAAUCAUAUGUACAUACUCAUAUUCAUUCUUGAGUUUAAAGUUAUUUAGUUAUUUCGUAUCAACAUACCUCAUGUCCAUAUUGCAGUAUAUAAUCCUUCAGUGCAGUGUAAUGGCAGUAGUACAGGUAAAGAAGCCUAAUAAAACCAAUCAGGCUGAAAAUAGUACAUUUUUGUCAUAGCUUAUUAAUGUACCUUACCACUCAUUAAAUGUAUAUAAUGAACUGUUCAUUAAUAGUAUGUUUAUAUAAAUAGUUCAUGUUUUUUUGCUCAUAUCACCUCUAUGGUUGUGUGUAUAUAUGAAUCAUUGUGAGUCUGUACAUAGCCUCUGUGUUUGUACGGAUAACAUCAGAUAAUCCAUUGCUCGGUGCUGCAGAUAUGUGUCUUAAUGCAACACCUCAUUAGCCACCAUCAUGCCGUCACUGUGAAGACUUGACAUCCUGGUCACUAGGACCGGUUGCUUUACUCUGCCCUCAGUCCAAGGGUAGGUUUCAUCCUUCAUCGAUGAAAUGCUUCCAGCACAAGCGCUUGAAAUAUCUUUAAGAGAUUUGAAUGAACUUGAAUUUUAUCUUCAGGUGGAAAAACACCUGUGAGAGUGCCUUGAAAUGAGGUUUCAGUUUUAUGAAGAGAAGCAUUUAGAUUCAAAGCAGAUACCAGAUGUUCUAUAUAUGCUUUAACCUCCAAAGGUAAUUGAUGUGAUUUGAAUAAUACAUGUGGAAUUUCACAUUUAAUUUAGCAACACAACAUAAAAAAAUACUUUUAUCUGGUCAUGUUGAGACAUCAAAUAUCACGGAUUGUAAAACUAAACCUUGUUCACUGAAGUAAUUAUUUGUGGGAUUUGCUCUACAACCUUCCACCUCCUGCAUGAAUACACUGAUAUUCUGAAUGUGUACAGGUUGAUUUGGUUUGCUUCAAGAGGAUGUUAUAAAGAGAAACUAGCAUUGAAACAAUACAACAAGGAGGGCUGAAGGACUCAACCUUGAGUCAAAGUCAUCGUCAUGCCAUACCUCUAAUGCCGUCUGUAGCUUUACAUAUGGUUGCCUUUGUAGUUUUACAGAGAUUAUUUUGUGAUUGGUUGUUGUCUGAUACAUAUUGAUGAUAUGAUGAUGUGAGAGGCUCAUGAAAAAUAUGAAUAGAUGAGAAGCCACAACUGUUUGACAUUUUAUUAUGACAAUGCAUAGGUUUUCUAGAUGAUGUUUAUCCAACGCUAGCCUCACAUGAUCUAAAUGAUCACAUUUACAUGACCACAUUUGUGAUCUAAAUGAUCACAUGAUAUAAAGCUAAUUAUGUAUAUGGCAGAAUCAACUCAAAGAUCUCCAACAAAUAUUACACUGUCAUGCUUUACAUUUUUUCAAUAGUGCAGCCUCAAUCAUCACUUUCACUUCCAAUACUUAAAGCUCUUGUAAAACUUUUAUUAGGAAAGCUACUGCUGAAGAAUACGUUUGCCUAAUUCAUUAAUGUCUCGACGUGUUAUGGCAAUACAAAGCAGAGGCAAACAUCUAUGUAGUCAAAAAGUAAGCAUAUUAAUAUUAGACAGAGUAUGGGUCAAGCUUGAGAAAUACUGAGAACUAAAUUUCCCAGAAUGCUGUUCAGUAGGACUUUUGACAUGAUAAGGGUUAUUUUGUAAUUUUUGGAAAGACAUUUCCAGAGCCACAUAAUACAAAAGUAGAAGCAGUGCUCUUUAGGAUGAAUAAGCUGCCCGACUGCAGUGCCGCUUUAAAAAACCUUCCAUGUUUGCACAGUGUGAUGAUAUCCUGUAUUUGAUCUCUUUAAUGCUUUCAAAGCAAGCUAGGUGUAUGGUUCCUUUCGCCCACUGUAUCACCUGUUUUCCAAAAUUGGUACUAUUUCACAAAAGCUGUAUAUACUUAUAUAAUAAAUUAAUAUUUGCUUGACAUCAUACAA